AUGAGUUCCUCUCCCGCUGUAGAGACUUCAACCCCCACAGCUACACCCUCGUCACCAGCCCUAAGAUCUUCGGACUACCAGUUCCAUACGUCAACACCGAAUUAUCUAAAGAAACAGCACCAGCCACUCAGCGUGGUUCUGUCAGCGACCGCGCCGAAUACGCCACCCACUUACGGCGAGCCAACCCUCACCCCUCCCCCGCGUUCCCCGGGUGCUCCGCUCGCGUCCCCCGCCCCGGGCUGCGGUGACCGCGCGCACCCCCCGGACGGGACAUCCUCCGAUAAGUCAUCAGAAACAGCAGUGGGGGGUGUUUCACGUACCCCAAGCACAGCUCUCACACGUAAAGAGAGUUACAAAGCACAGAGGCAACACUACAGAAAGGAAAAGAAGAGGGCUGCGUCUGCGCUGUUACACUCUAUAGAAGAUCCAUCUGUUAUAGUACUCGCUGAUUGGCUGAAGGUCCGAGGGUCUCUCAAGUCGUGGACAAAGCUAUGGUGUGUGUUGAAGCCAGGGUUACUGCUUCUAUACAAGAGUCCUAAGGCGAAGCGUAGUCACUGGGUGGGCACGGUGUUGCUCACGUCGUGUCAGGUCAUAGAGCGGCCGAGCAAGAAGGACGGCUUCUGCUUCAAGCUGUAUCAUCCGCUGGAGCAGAGCAUCUGGGCUCCUAGAGGACCGCACAACGAGACUAUAGGCGCGGUAGUCCAGCCCCUGCCGACCGCGCAUCUCAUCUUCCGCGCCCCCUCCCCCGCCGCCGGACACUGCUGGCUGGACGGGCUCGAACUAGCGCUGAGAUGUAGCAAUGCUAUGCUAAGAUGUUCCCGCUCCCGCCCAGAACAAGCGGUAGAGGACACUCCGGCGCAGACAAACAUCUCGCACGAGGAACUGGAGAAACACUUCAAUGAGCACGUAUUAAAAUUAUCGGAGACUUCAACCGUUUCUCCGUCCCCACUCCUAUCAAUAGCCGAUUACUCACCAAGUAGCAUUCGAUCCGAACGGAAAAAAGUCAAAUAUAAUACCGAAUAUGAUAAAACUAAAAGUUUAACAGCCAGCCCGUUCAGGAUAGACUCGAAUAAAAUACUUAAAUGUUUCGAAUUGCCCAAAUUAAUUGCUGAUAAGAAGGAAUUAUCCUCGCAAUUAGAAGAGGGAAUUAAAUUGGUGUUCAAAAGACGGUCAUCAGCGCCAUCUAUGACUAAAAAUAAUAACAAAAUCAAAGCUUUGAGGGAAUCAGGGUCGAAAACAGAAUCUGAUGAUGAACAGCCUUCGAAAGUAUUAUUUAGUUCGCCGCAGAAUUUUCUGAUAACGAAAACAGCGCCAUCUGUAGAGCGUUUUGAUCAAAGUGAUGGUACUACUACUAGUGAUGAUGGAAGCGGAAACUCGAUACAUAAAAAAUAUUCACUAAUAGACCACACCAAGUUGCCGUCUGCUAGCUAUGAGGCGGUUAAAUUGAUGAGAAGAGACGAAAGACUCAGUGAACAUAGCGUUUAUCUCGCUGGGAAGAUAGUCGGAGGCGGUAAGAUGUGGUUGCGAGUUAGAUUUGGUUGCGAGUUAGAUCUGGUUGCGAGUUAG